CUUCCUGUCGGAACCUGAGUCGACACGCGCUCUCUUCGCUCUUCUCCUCCCUUUGUUUUCUCUCUCUACCUACCCUUCUCUCUCUCUCCACUUCUCUAGGGUUCGAAUCCCUCUGCCCCCUCUCGUAGCUUCAUACCGUCGAGGCCAACAAAAGAGGUUCUUUGAUCGUUAGAUUUCUGUAUCGCGCGUUCUACAAGUUUCAGCUGAUGGCCAAGACGAAGCCUGGCAAGAAAGACCUCGAUUCUUACACCAUUAAAGGAUCCAACAAGAUUGUCAAAGUUGGGGAUUGCGUGCUGAUGCGGCCGGCGGAGUCGGAGAAGCCUCCCUACGUUGCGCGGGUGGAGAAGAUCGAGGCGGACCACCGCAACAACGUGCAGGUGCAUGUGCGGUGGUACUACCGCCCUGAGGAGUCCAUUGGCGGUCGCCGGCAGUUCCACGGCGCCAAGGAGUUGUUCCUCUCCGACCAUUACGAUGUGCAGAGUGCGCACACGAUUGAGGGAAGGUGCGUAGUCCACACCUUCAAGAACUACACCAAGCUCGAGAAUGUUGGCACAGAGGACUACUUCUGCCGCUUCGAGUACAAAGCUGCCACCGGUGCCUUCACCCCUGACCGAGUCGCUGUGUAUUGCAAGUGUGAGAUGCCUUACAACCCUGACGAUCUUAUGGUUCAGUGUGAGGGGUGCAAGGACUGGUUCCACCCAUCUUGCAUGGGCAUGACAAUUGAGCAGGCAAAAAAGUUGGAUUAUUUUCUGUGCUCGGGCUGUGGCUCUCAAAAUGAUGUUAAAAGAUCUAUGAAUGGGUUUGCAGCUUCACCGGAUUCUGAGACAAAGGCUGAAUCGAAGAGGCGAAAGAGGUAACUGCAAAUGCUGUAGAUUUGGCUCCUUUAGGAUUUGUUCAUUUUAUGAAAAGGUUGUCAUCUUUCUGGGUCUGGGAAUGUACAGUGCAGUGCAUAGACUGCUAAACAACCAGUGUCAUGUUUUUGAACUCGAGAAACUAUUAUGAAUCACUAAGGUGGUGAUCUUUGUACCCAAAUCACCUUUGAUUUUUCCUCUA